UUGUUUAAUCUGCACAAAAAUUAAAUUGUCUGUGAUAGGUUUAGAUGUCUUUCUUGUACAGGUUGCUCCAUGUUAUUUUUAAUUGUUAUAUAUUAUGGUUUAAUUUUUAAUUAUGAAUUAGGCCAUUGUUACUGUAAAUGGUACAACAUGGAUCGUUUAAACAUAUUGAAAUUAAUUUUAGUUGGUCGUAUAAUUUCCUACAAAAUGGACAUUUUUUAAGAAUGUUACGAAUAUUUAAUAAUCACAGUGUGAAAUUGUUAGGUUAGGUGUAGGUUAACAUUUGAAAAUUAAAAAGAUGGUCGAUCUUUAUCGAUAUUCGACUAAGGAACUGAUUACGUACGAAAAACAAUCGAUCAUUUUCAUAACCUCGAAUCGAAUAGACACAAAGUUAUUCCAAACGAAUAUUCGAAACUUAUUUUCCAAUUUAAGGUAUGUUUUAUAGCAAAUAAAUUUAUAGUACAGUAAAUAAAGUAUCAUGCAAGAGGACUUUCGUAGAUUUUGUAAGAAUAUGUAAUGAAAAAAAAAAAGGUCUCUUAUUGUCUUUCUUACAAAAAUCUUCUUCCUCGUGAAAUUCUGUUAUCUAAACCAUUUCCAAUUGCAGGCAAAUUCCACACAGUAAAAAAUACAGACUUCGAAUCAGCAAGUUUGGCGCAUCCUGCGAAAGUUCGGCACAGACCAAGUUCAGUAUAGUAAGGCGAAGACGAAGCGAGGGAAGAGGACAAGAUGUUGUUGGUCGCAGAUAAAAGGGAACUGCAGCAAGGCGACUGCGGCUUAGCAUGACAAUGCAGGUGCCUCAUCCCACGUCAAAACGCAGCGUGGCGCCACGACGAGAUAGGCCGCAGAGGGAGAAUAAAGAAGCCCAGUUGCUGAUAUUUAUCCGAACAUUAGACUCGGCUAAACUCGAAUUUACCAGCCUGAUCCCGGAAAAUAACAUUAAAAGUGACUGGAAUCGUUUGAACGUCGAAUCACACGCCUCAUCAACCAACAGUCGCCUCUUUCAGACGAAUUCUUGUGGUUCGUCGCUUUGCAGAUAUCUGAAGAAUUUCUAUAUCGAUUCUAACUUCCGAACAGGUAAUUAGGAAGCAAGAUUCAAGUUCGAGAAGCAGCUUGGUUUAAUUUCAGUAACAGCCGCUUAAAUUACGAAGGGCAAAGUUGCAGAGUCGAAUCUCGACGCAAGAUAUUUGCAGAGUUUUAUUAUGAGAAGCCAUUUUCUUAUGAAAAUUUGUUUAAAUCAAUAGGAUAAAGGU